AUGAAAAACGGGCAAGGGGAUGCCAUAACUGUGGAUGCUGGCCAAGAAGACAUAGCCGCUCAGAUCCCUGACUCUAGUCAUUUCAAAGGAAAUUUUGUUAAAGUGGAACACAUAAAUGCACAGUCUCUACUGAGUAAAACUAAUGAUGUAGAAUUACUGGUUCAAGAACGAGAAAUCGACGUCCUGUGCAUUAGUGAAACUUGGCUGACCAAUGAUUUAGAAGAUAAGUAUGUUUGCUUUUCCAACUAUAACAUCUAUCGCCAAGACAAAGGACGCGGAGGAGGAGUCGCUAUCUAUGUCAGAGACAACUUGAAAGUAAAUCCACUGAAUUUGACCGCAAGCAAAAUUGAUGGAGUAGAAGACCUUUGGCUCAGCAUUCAAUGUCGAAAACUGCCGUCAGUAAUUAUAGGAUGCAUUUACAGACAUCCUCACGCUUCAGCGGAGUCUUUCAAGUACCUUUUAGAUAUUUUUCGCGAAAUUUCUCUUAGAAAUAAACCAAUCAUUGUCCUUGGUGAUCUAAAUGAAAACCUUCUCCAAAAAGACAAUAGAUUGUCCAAAGUCAUCAGCAACUGUAAUCUCAGCCAAGUUAUCCAGAAGCCAACACGAAUCACACAGUUCUCCAGUACACUAUUAGAUGUCAUCCUAACAAAUAAGCCUGAAUUGAUAUUAAACUCUGACGCCCUUUUCCAUGCCAUGUUGCAGAUCAUGAGCUCAUCACAGCCACCAAUAGACAUCCACAAACCAAAGCGUAAACCUAUAAUCAAGACAUUCAGAUGCCAAAGGAACUACAACCAAAAUACGCUUUGUAACCUACUCUUAAAUGAUGCUGGCGCCCUAAGCCAAAUAAUUCAUACAGACAAACAAGUUGACUUGUUCAAUGAUAUUUUUAAGAAAAAUCUGAACCUCUGUGCUCCUACUGUGACAAGAGAAAUUCGACGUCCACCAGCACCGUGGAUAACACUCCUGAUAAAAGAAAAGAUGAAGAUAAGAGAUGAUCUCCAAAGAAAACUAAAACAAGACAGAGGUAAUUUAGAACUACAAGAGAAAUAUAAGACUGAGAAAAAGUUUGUUAGUUCUCUCAUCACAAAAAGCAAAUCUGAAUAUUUUCGAAAUUCCCUAAAAAGCAAGAAAGAAGAUAUCAGUGGCACAUGGAAGAUCAUUAAAAGCAUGACUCCAGAAACUAAUCAAACCUCAGCCAAUGCUCCAACACAUCACUUCCGACCACAUCCUGUUGAUAUCAGCACUGUCAUUCUGGCAAUAAAGGAAUUGAAUGAUACCAAAGCCAUUGGUUCAGACGGCAUACCUCUGAAAUUCUUAAAAGAUGCCCUGCCUGUAAUCAUUUUAUACAUCACUGUCAUCAUAAAUACAUCUAUAGUAACUGGAACAUUCCCCAAGGCUUGGAAAAUGGCACAUGUUCUUCCACUGUUCAAGGCUGGAGAUGAAAAUGAAAAUAUUAAGACAACAGCUUCCUCACUGGCUGUUUCCACUUCCGAAUCAUUCUACAGUGAAACCAACACAACGGCAACUAUUUCGUCUAAGUUGCCACCAGUGUCCCUCGCAGAAAUCUACUAA